AUGGAUCAGGAUUUCGAGUCGUCGAAUUUCAUCUCAAACAUGAUUCAGAUCAUCACUCUGGUGAGGUCAAUGGAUCCGAAACCGGAGUCGUCGGAGCUCACAUCACUCGUUACUCGAACAAUCUCCGUCUUAGACUCUAUGGAUUUGGCUUCUCAGCCGAAGCCGCUGCUCUCUGAGCUCAUAUCACUCGUGACUCAGAUAAUCAAUCUCAACUCGGAGGCCAUGUUACUUGUUCCUCAAGUGUUGGCUCUUGAACCAGAGCUUGAGCUCAUAUCGCUCCUCAGUCAAAUCAUCACGCUCAUGAAUCCCGAUUCUCAGUGGAGGAAGCUCAUACCACCGGCUACAACUAGCACCCACCCGAUACUAUGGAUUCGGAGUCGGAGUCGGAGUCGAAGCUCUUCUCACUCCUUUGUGGCAUGA